CCAAAGAGAAGGUCACCCAACAAUGGAGACCAUCACAACGUCUGAAAAUUCAAACACCCAUGCUUACACACGGCUAGAUUUCCUUAAUCGUGUCUGCCCUCGUGGAUUAGCCGUUAACAGCAUUGGAAUAAAAGUUGAAGGUCUUGAGGUGCGUCAAUGCUGCUGGUCCUAAUAUUUAUCCACUUGAUAUGAAUAUUAUUAGCAGGUUAUUACUUAGCUUCUGAUGAAAAAAUAUCUGAUUCACAGAAGGGGAAUGAGUCGCUAUCAAGUAAAAUGGCUGAGCUUGAGAAGGAGAUAGAAACUGCAUUGAGCAAGAUAACUCAUCUUGAGAGGGAAGGAGAAGCUGCACUUCGUAAGAUAGUCGCAGUAAAGAAGAAGAAACAAGCUGCAUUGAUUAAGAUAUACAAGCUUGAGAAGGAGAAAAAACGUACAGUUAAUAAGGUAGCUUUGCUUGAGAAGGAGAAAGAAUGUACAGUUAAUAAGAUAGCUUUGCUUGAGAAGGAGGGAAAAGCUGCAUUCUGUAAGAUAGCUAUGCUUGAGAUGGAGAAACAAGAUACAUCAAGUAAGAUAGAGCAGCUUGAGAAGGAGAAAGAGGACGCAGCCAAGAAGAUAGCUUUUCUUGAGAAGGAGCUAGAAACUAAGGAAGAGAAAUUUGGAAAGUAUAUGAAUGCUCAGCUUCAAAAGGAGGAGGAGCUAAGAACCAAGUUUGAGGAUUUCAAAAAGCAUACAAAUGCUGAGCAUAAGAUAGAGAAGGACGCUGCAAUGAGUAAGAUAGCUAUGCUUGAGAUGGAGCAACAAGCUGCAUCAAGUAAGAUAGAGGAGCUAGAGAAGGAGAAAGAAGACGCAGCCAAGAAGAUAGCAUUUUUUGAGAACGAGCUAGAAACUAAGGAAGAGAAAAUUGGAAAGUAUAUGAAUGCUCAGCUUCAAAAGGAGGAGGAGCUAAGAACCAAGUUUGAGGAUUAUAAAAAGCAUACAAUUGCUGAGUAUAAGAUAGAGAAGGACGCUGCAAUGAGUAAGAUAGCUAUGCUUGAGAAGGAGCUUGAAACUAAGGAAGUUAGAGCAUAUAAGCAAGCUAUAAGAGCUUUAAGGGAGAUCCAAGUUGAAGAUAAAGAACCCAAGGAAAAGGUGAAAGAGUUGACAAAAACUAUGCAAAAGCUCACUGAGGAAAGACAAUAUUGGGAAACUUUAGUUAAGCAGCUUAAGGGCAAGGAAAGUGAGACAACUGAGCUAGUAGAAGCUCGAAAAAAGAUGAUUAGUGUUCUUUCUGAGCUGAACUAUGACGAUGUGGAUAUUGGCAUAAAAAAAUUUGGUGCCAUUGAUAGUUGUCCUUUUCGCACUGCAUGCAAGCAGAAAUUCUCUCAUCAAGUUGCCGAGGAAAAAGCGACAGAAUUGUGUUCUAUAUGGCAGGCAAAUGUGGAGAACCCCAAAUGGAAUCCAUUCAAAACUGUCAUCUUAACUGGGGAAGUUCAAGCAGAAACAAUAGACCAAGAGGAAAAGCAUCUCCAGCAACUGAGGAAAGAGUGGGGAUAUGAAGUAUAUUUAGCUGUUGUUAUAGCCUUGAAAGAAAUCAAAGAGUAUAACAUGAAGGAAAGAACUACGACGCAUCAGCUUUGGAAUUUCGAGGAAGGUAGGAAAGCUACGCUAGAAGAAGCCAUUUGUUUAAUGGAAGAAAAACUGAUGGAGGCAAAGAUCAAAGAUACAGGAUUUGUGAAGGUGGAUGAGUUGAAGCCAGGGACAGAGGGCAUUAAUCUAAUUGUUAAGGUCCUAAAUACUGAUGUGGUGGUUGACAAGAGCGAAGAGCAUCAGUCCCUACCGUCAUACUCAUAUUCUCCUUUCCGAAUCACACGUGUAGCUGAGAGUCUAGUUGGAGAUGAAACCGGAACUAUCAUAUUCACUACUCGUAAUGAACAAGUUGACUUAAUGACGCCAGGCAGCAUCCUACUUCUUUAUGGUGCAAAAAUCCAAAUCUAUCGAGGUUUCUUGAGGUUAGCUGUAGAGAAUAAGAUGCAAAUCAAAGUUGCAGAACCUAUGGAAUUUGAUGUAGAUGAUGAUGAAGAUUGCAAUUUGUCUUUAGCUGAGUAUGACGUAAUCCGAAAAUAUUGAUGAGUUCUACACUAUUCAUCUCCUUGGACUUGCAGGACUGCUCUGCCUUAAGAAUGCCUUGGUGUAUAUGUUUGGUUCUUUUUGCACAGAAGCUCAUUGUAUCAUUGAUUGCCCAAAAGGCUAUUAGCUUGUGUCGUUUUAAUGAUAGAACUUCAAAAUCGCUUACUCUUGUUCUCUGGCUCUCAGCAGCACGCCUCCUUCAAAAUGGGGAGGAGAUUAUAAUGUAGGGAAUCAAACCAUCACCAU